AUGGCCACAGCAGCGAACUCCGUGCCGCACCCCACGAUCAUCCCGGGUCUGCACAAUCGUUGGCAUCCUGACAUCCCGGCCUUUGCCACUGUGAAGCCCGGCCAGGUCUUCAAACUCGAAUGUAUCGACUGGACUGGUGCGCAGAUCGGCAACAAUGAUUCCUCGGACGACAUCAAGGACGUUGACUUGACGAAGAUCCACAACCUUUCUGGCCCUAUCGCCGUUGAAGGCGCAGAGCCCGGCGACUGCCUUGUGGUCGACAUCCUAGAUGUCACACCAUUCGAAAAGAUGCCCUGGGGCUACACCGGCAUCUUCGAGCUCGAGAACGGUGGCGGGCUGUUUGCUCGCGAGUUCCAAAGCAAAGCCGCCAAAGCGAUCUGGGACUUUCACGGCGUGUACGCUUCCUCGCGGCACAUCCCCGGCGUGCGCUUCGCGGGCGUGUCGCACCCCGGCCUGAUCGGGACAGCGCCCUCGGCGGAAUUGCUCGCGACUUGGACGGAGCGCGAGACAGGGUUGGUCGAGGCGAACCCCGGGGCGGUCCCCCCGGUUGCGCUGCUCCCGGUCGAGAAGGGCGCGUAUGUCGGGCAGGACUUGGCGGAGGAUGUGAGGAAGAAAAUCUAUGCGGAGGGCGCGAGGACGAUCCCCGGGAGAGAGCAUGGCGGGAACUGUGACAUCAAGAACUUAUCCAAGGGUUCGCGCUGCUACUUCCCUGUGUUCAUCAAGGGCGCGAACCUCUCAGUUGGCGAUUUGCACUUCUCGCAGGGUGAUAUGUCGUUCUGCGGUGCCAUCGAGAUGGCGGGCAUCAUCACGCUACAAACCAGCAUUAUCAAGGGCGGCGUCGAGAAGUUCGCUCUCAAGCAGCCCAUCUUCCUGCCAUCGCCGGUCGACCCGUUGUACUCGGCGAAGCUGGUCUUCGAGGGUAUCAGUGUUGAUCUCCAUGGUGACGGAAAGCAGUACGACAUGGACGCGACUGUGGCUUACAAGCAAGCGGCGCUCAACUGCAUUGCGUAUCUGAUGAAGCUUGGCUACACUCGUGAGCAAGCUUACCUCCUGCUAUCGGCCGCCCCUGUCGAAUCACACAUCGGCGCGAUCGUCGACUCCCCGAAUGCUUGCGUUACUCUUGCGCUGCCGCUUGGCAUCUUUCAAAAUGACAUCCUCCCUAGAGAUGAGGGUCUGACGAAGAGAGACUUCGGGCAAUGCGCCAUCCGAAGUGAUGGUGUCGUCUGAGGUCAGACUUUGUAUACAUGAUGGUUUGUUAUAUGUUUAUUGUCAUGUAUGCUGUAUGAAUGAUCAUCGUCUGAGCUAAACGGGGUUGGCUUUGGUCUUGCUUUCCUACUGUCCGACCAUGGCUUGCAUGGUGAUGACGAUGAUGAUGAAGUUCGCCGUUGGGCGUUG